AUGUUGAUCGUUGCUUGUCGUUGGUUGCUCUCGGACUGAUAAGUGACAAUGUUUCUCUGGUUUCUGUAAUUACUCAUUAUCCCUAAAACAUUUCCUUUAAAGUGAAUACCUAGAUAACUUAUUAUUAAAGUACAUACUACACUUAGUGUAAUUUGCUCCGUUUCUGAGAAUACUCUUCAAUAUCUCAUUAGAUUGAUCCAAUCUUGAUGUGUCAGCAUCUGGGAAGGAUUGCUCCUAUCAGUAUCGCUACUGAAUCAUAGUCACUAAGAAAAGCUGCUGCUCAAAACACAUGGUUUUAUUUUGCAGUCCAGUUUGCUCCUUUCUUGUGCAAAUUCUCUAGCCCCUUACAGUUAUAUUUAGCGAUGACUGUACGUCUUUUCAUCUUUCUGUAAAUCUUGUGUCAUUGAGCUGUAAAUUCAACAAUCUAAGAUGGCUUCCAUUAUGUUCUUCGACCGCACAGAACAGCAAGAUGAACGUCUUCCAGAGCUGUUCAGAUCUGAGCGAUGUCAAACCUCUUUCAUCUUCUCUCAGCCUUUAUCUGAAACCAGUCGCUCGUAUAAAUAUCUCUGUUCUCAUACCCAAAUCAAAAAAGACUGGAAAAACUAUUUCAAAUUGGGAAAUUAUCGACCAACUCAAAAAAUGGUCCCAGCCUGAGGUUUUUACUUGCAUCAAAGUAUCGAAAAGUACACUUGAAUUCAUUCGGUUUGAAGCUGAAAUCGAAAAUCGAGCGAAAAUCAAGAAUGUCAUUGCUCGAUUGGAUGAACGCAAAAUCAAAAUUUCGGGAUGGAGUGAAUUGCUGAAAGUUCUGGCCUCAGAAGCAAAGCCUGAUUUCCCCACUCGUCAUGAUUGGGACUCCUAUUUUCGUGACGCUAAAAACAUGAAUGAAAUGAAACCAGGGGAAAGGCCAGACACAAUACACAUCUCCAAUUUGCCUCUUGAUUGGUUCAGAAACAAGCAAAACCGCGAUCGACCUUGUGAAUACCUUUUACGAAAAACUUUUGAAGUUUUUGGACCUGUAAGGGCUGUGGAUAUUCCAAUAGCUGAUCCGUAUCGAACGCAAAUGAAGUCACAUAUUUCUGGUUUCACAACGUUUCCACAUCACCAGAACGUUGUUUUUGAGGCGUACAUUCAGUAUGAAGAAUAUGUAGAUUUUGUCAAAGCAAUGGAAUCAUUGCGUGGGAUGAAGCUUCUGAAGAAAACAUCUGAUGAGGGACUAGCUGCCAAUUUGAAGGUUGACUUUGAUCGGACAAAACACCUAAGUGAAUUAACAAUCAAACGACGGAAAUUGGAGCGAGAAAAGUUGAUUGCCCAAGAACGAGAAAAAGAAGAAAACGAGCGGCUGAAGGUAGAGGAGGAAGAAGCAAGAAGAGAGAAAGAAAGGCAGAGCAAGUUGGAAGCAGAGAAGCAGAAGAUGCUGCGACGGAAACAGAGAGAAGAACGGCGGAAGCAGAAACAGUUGCAGAAAAUCAAGGCCAUGGAAGCGGAAGAGAUGAACAACAAGAUAGCAACAGAGGAGAGGCUCUUGUUAAUGGCUCAGCGGAAACUAGAGAGCAUCAGGCUACUUGGUGAACUCUUCGAUAGAGUCAAGGAUCAAAAAGUUCAAGAAAUGGAAAGAGAAAAAGAAGAGAAACGUAAAAGGAAGGAAUUAAUGAGAGAAAUGGAUAAGCAUGAAAGAAGACAGUACAAGAAGUCUUUAGCUGAAACUCCGAAAACCAAGGAACAACUACUAAGGGAAAAAUUAAUCGCAAAAUUCAAAUCAAAUGAAGAAAAGCGUGUCGAAGCGCAGAAAACAAAACCUAAAGUUUCCAAAGCUGUGAUCAAAGCGGGUGUAGUUAGUGAUGAUUCAUUUGACUCAGAUACAAGCAGUCUGCCAAGUGUCGAUGCCGAAACACUUAAUCCACCAGCCAAUACAUCAUCAGUUAACAACUGGAGAGGACGAGGCAGGGAUGGUCCUAACGGCCGAGAUGGUCCAAAUGGUCGUGAUGGUAAUAAUGAUAAUCGAGGACGAAUUUGGGUUCGAGGUCGAGGAAGAGGUCGCAACGCUUAUGAUGGGCGAGGAAAUGACCGCAUGUAUGAGCGUGACAAUUACCCACAAAGAAAUCAGUACUAUAAUCGACGUGGCGGCGGUGGUGGUGGAUAUGGAUGGCAACGAAUGCGAGGUGGUUUUAUGCCACCGUUCAUGGAUCCUUACAUGUUGGGAACUAUGAGUGAGUACUACAAGUAUUUUAACAAAUUAGUCAAAGGUAGCAGACGAUCAUAUUCUAGAUCCAGGUCUAGGUCCAGGUCAAGAUCGAGGUCUCGGAAAAGAAGCAGAGGUCGCUCUUACACUAGAAGUCGCUCUAGAUCUUACUCCAGGUCCAGAAGCAGGACUCGAUCCAGAUCAAGAAGUUCGCGACGUUCACGGUCUAGAUCCUAUUCCAGGCACUCAAGGUCACGAUCCAGAAGCCGCUCAAAGCGCUCAAGGUCUCAUAGUAGGUCUAGAAGUAGAAAUAGAUCCAGGUCUAAAAGCCGCUCUAGGUCUAGAAGUAAAUCGCGCAGUCAUCGUCAUAGGCAUAGAUCUAGAUCACGUAGUCGCCGUGCAGAUUCUCAUAAAUCUAAGUCUAAGUCAAAGUCGAGAGAUGAAUCUAAAGGGAAGUCACACUCUCCAGAUAGGCGCAAGGAAGAUUCAACGACAAAAAAUCCCUCUCCUGAAACUGAGAGCAAAAAGACUGAAAAUCUUACAGCAGACAAAAAUGGAGAUUCCUCCUCUAAAAAGGGGCACUCUCCCAUUACGUUCAACGAUGAAAGCAAUUCAAAAAAGGAUGAGAAAAGUAAAGCAAAAGAUCCAAAAAGUGAUGAAAAAAAUUCUAGUAAUGAACAAGAAAAUAAAUCUUCAAGCUCCAAGAGUAAGAAGAAAAAACAUCAUCAUCACAAAAAAGCAAAGAAAAAGAAGAAGAAAGGAAGUGAUGAGGAAAAAGAAACUACGGAAAAAGGAGAAUAAAUUAAUGUUAUUAAGUGGGCACCCUGAAUUCUCUGAAAACAACCAAUUCAAACUGUUUUCUGGUACAUAUGAAGUGUAUUCGUUUUAAUUUGCAACCAGGAUAAUUCUCUCCAUUUUUUCCUCCAUUGCCCUGAUAAAUAUGUUCCUCUCUUACAAUGACUCAACUUCAGUAAAUAUGUAUGUAUGUGGAAUAUGCACUGAAGCCUACUGAUAAUCCUACGGGAGAUUGUGUUACUUUAGUAAACAUACUGCUCUCAAUUUUUGUAUUUUGUAGCAGAAGCUUCUCUUAUUUUUAUUUUUUAAGUCAAGAAAUCAUCAAAAUUGCUGUUGAAACUCCCCCUCCCUUCCCAAUAUUUGAAGAUUUGUCAAAGAGGAAGGAUAAUUUCCAAUUUUUUUUUUUUUUUUUUUAUGUUCUCUCAAUGGGAAGUCUCCUGACAGUGUCCUCCAAAGAUUAUUUACUGAGAACGUUUCUCUGACAGAAACUUGAGAUUUUUGUGAGUCAGGUCUGAUUCUGCGUUGAGUAACUUAAGGAUUUUUUCAUAAAAUAUCUUACAGUUAUGACUGAAGUCCUCAAAAUGAGAAAAUUCUGAAUUUUUAUAGCUCUUCUCGAAAAUUUAUUGUUUCUUGUAUUGUGGCAACUGUAAUUUUUGCUCUUUUCAUUUUCUGUACAAAAAUUGUAACUUGAAGAAUCUAAAAACUAGCUUUAAUAAUGAUAACUCUGACUUUUUGAAAAAAUUUGAAUCAGAAAGAGCAGUCAAGGUUCCGUACGCAAGCCAACAAAGCUUCUAAAGAAAGUUAUGCAAUUAAGUGAGGUAGUUGCAAUUAGAAUUUGAAUCGAGCAAGACUCAUUUGUAUUUCAUUUUUUGGCGUCAUGAGUAAUACAGUACCAAAAUGAUUCCAUGGAAGUCACCAUUAAGGGAGUACACUUUUUGAAUAAAAUUAAACCAGAGAGAAAUUGCAUUCCUUUGCUCUGUUUUAUUCUGGAAAAUCAUAUUGCUGUUGUAAAGUAUGAAAUUACUUUAACUUUUUCAAGUUUCUUCGUAGAUUUUUUUUUCUUUUUCUAUGAAAAAUCUAACAAAUGCUGUUACAAUUGAAUAUUGUCAGUCUCUCAUGUACUUUUUUUUACUUUAAAAUACAUUAUGUAGCUAAUAAAAAUGUAUGACGCAAAAAUGUCAGUUUUUAAGAGAAAAAUCAACAUUUCAGUUUGUGAAAAACCUGCAAAAAUGUUUCCUAGUCCUCUUAUUUGAACCUUUCAAACGACUUUAGUAUUUACUUUUUCCAAUUCUAAUAAUUACUGGAAAUCGCAUCAUUUUGUAUAAAUUGCUAAUCAGUGAUUAGAAGUCUAGAUUACGCAAGUCUGUAAUCUCCCUAUUUCAGUGUCAUAAUGUCAUGCGUAAAAUUUGCUAAAAUGAUGUCUUAUGUUCUCAUUCAAUUUUCUUGUUUUUUUAUAGCUAUUUAAGUGGGUAAUCAUUUUUCCUUAUGAUACCCAAUUUUCUGUAACAUCUGUUAUUCUUUAUUCAAGCAUCUGGUACUCUGGGGCAAUUUCGCCCUCUCACUCUCUUGUGAAUUCUUUUUACUUACCUAGUUAAUUGUGUAAAACUUUUCAAAACUCACAAGUCUUUCAUGUAUAAUAAAGUUUGAAUCCUGGUUCUUUCCCUAGAACUUUAAGUGAAAACUUCCAUUUCUUAACUAUGAUUUUUCAUUUUCAGUCAGGUUUUUUAUCCAUCUUUGUAGCUAACAAGGUGGAGAAAUGGUGCUGGGUCCACACCAUUUUGCAGGAAAAUCAAAGCCAAGAAAUUC